AUCAGUGUUUUUGUUUACAUUUAUUGUGCUUUCAAUAUCGAACAGUAGAUUUUUAAACUAUUAUUUUAAAUUCAUAGGAUUUUACAUGAAUUAGAUAUAAAAAUGCCGUCAACUGAUACUCUACGAAAUGCUGAACGAGGAGGCGAACGAGAAUUAUCGAGUUAUAUACGACAAAGUGAUAAAGUAUAUGAACAUCGGGAAUCGCAGGCCACAGCCAUGACGGUAGAUUAUACGGGCCAAUGGGUGUUGUUGGCUGGACGACGUCAUCUUGCACUGCAGUGUUUAGGUCAAGACGAUGAUGAUGGCUUCCUAAGAAAAUAUAACACAAACUCAAAGUAUGAGGUUUCGGCAGCUGAAUUUGCUAUUUGUCCUGAAAGUAAGGAGUCUUGUGCUAUAGCGACAAGUCAACACAUUGAUGUUGUCACUUGGGGAGCGGCAGAACCUCGUUAUAUACAUUCACUUCGCGGUCAUACACGUAUGGUGACUGAUAUUGAUUGGCACAGUAAAAACCCAAAUCUUCUGGCCAGUUGUUCAAUCGAUACAUUUUCUCAUAUUUGGGAUCUUAGAGAUUCUCGUAAACCAACAUUAUCAUUUAGUGCAGUUUGCAUGUCCGGAGCAACUCAAGUUGGCUUUAAUCGUGUCUCUGGAAAUCUUUUGGCUGCAGCACAUGAUGGUGAUUUACGUAUUUGGGAUAUACGUAAAGGAUCUUGCCCUAUACACUAUAUUACUGCUCAUCUUAAUCGAGUUCAUGGUAUAAAUUGGAGUCAUCGUAGAGAAACUUGUUUAGCUACUGCUAGUCAAGAUGGUACAGUGAAAUAUUUUGAUAUUAAUAAUCCAAGGAGAGCUGAGAAAAUUAUAACAACCACGUCACCAGUAUGGAGAGCAAGAUAUACGCCUAUCGGUAAUGGAUUAGUAAGUAUAGUGGUACCCCAUUUAGGGCGUGGUGAAAAUAGUUUGCUGCUAUGGAGUAAUAGCAAACAAAAUGAUCCGGUAUGUUCCUUUGUGGGUCACACUGAUGUUAUAUUAGAUUUUGCAUGGCGUCCAAAUCGCAUGAAUCAAAUGGAAAUAGAAUUAGUAACCUGGUCACGCGAUCGCACUUUGAGAGUUUGGAAAAUUGAUGAUAAAAUGCUAAUGCAUUGUGAACCGGACAAUGAUUCAAAUGAAAAUUAUGACAUAACACAAGAAAUGCGAAUUGAAACGCCUACAAAAUUUCAGCCCAUACAUUCUUCCUCAUUUCAAAAACCAUCAAUGCUUCGCACACAACCAGUAGCAGCAUCAUUGCCUAUCGAAGCAAUCGAUGCACUGCAUAUUUCAAACCUAAUACGUUCGCGGUCUCCGCCACCUGCUAUUUCACUGCGUACGCCUACACAUAGGCGUAAAGAGGAAACUGCAGUGGCACGAUCGCUUACCGAUCAACCAACUUGUUCUUUACAUCAUGAAUUUUCGUUACUGAAUACCAAUAUGCCACAUAUUGAAGUCGAUGUUUUGGAUGCAAUAAAACGAUAUGCAGUUUUUAAUAUUUCGGCAGGUGGGCAUGUCAUUGUUUUGCAAACUACGUUUCCCACGGAGUAUCCUAGUCCUAAUAUAUGUCCCGAAUUCACGUUCUGCCCGGGAACAACAAUUCACGAAAAUCUAACAAGAUUAAUGAUGAAAGUGCUAAAGACAAAUGCCUUGACACGCGUAAAAAAGUCUCGCACCUGUUUGGAACAGUGCUUGAGAGCACUGGUGACGGCAAUGAAAAAGUCUGGUGGUGGUUCUGACAAGUCACAAAUGCGUUUGCAAUCUCCUCGUCUGGAAGGAGCAUUAAGUGGUGCUUUGCAUGAUGCUUGCAUACCAUUUCCCAGAACUUCGGCAGCUACAUUCAAUCCAGUAGGAAUGUUGUGUAGUUUUGCACAAGUUCUUAAUACAAAACGUUUAACUCUAAGGCAUCAGAAUACCACUCCCCGCACAUUGUCCGCCAUCAAUGGCGGCGGCCUUUUAGGCAAUGUAAUGGGACCCCAACCAGUUCUAUACACCCAUCGGGAUUCAAAUGCCUCUUUUUAUUUACAAGAUCGUAUGAGCUCUAAACAUGCAAAAAAUCGGUCUAUUCAAAAACCAGCACGCUCGACCGCCAUUGUUCACAUCUACGAAUGUUAUAAACUCCUUAAUAUCAGUCGUAUAAUGGCCAAAGAAUAUUCCUUAGAUAAGAGGGACAUUAUUGAGACAUGUCGCAAGAAUCGGCAAAUAUGUGAAAAUCAUGGUCGCUAUGAUUUGUUGCCUAUUUGGACCAUGGCUGAAAUGAUAGCCACUCCCAAUGUACCACAAACCGAAAGCAUGAAAUAUGAAAUGAUUCUCAAUGAGGAUCCGUUUAAGAAGUGCCUUUUAGAAGCCUUAAUUAUGCAUUUCGCAAGUAUGGGCGAUUUGCAAACGGCCGUAAUGCUGGCUUGUCUGUUCCAUCCUUUUGGUAUUAAUGGCAUGAGUGUAUGUGUACCCGGAGUAGUGGGUGUUGCUGGCAACAGUGGCGCUAAUGGUAUGGCAUCAUCUUCUAAUAAUCUAAAUUAUCACAGUAAAUUACCAAAUCUUACACCAAAUACUUCGCCUUAUCACACAGUCUUGCCCAUAGAUACACAUGCAUCGCCGUCCACAAAAAAUGGUUCAACUGGUUCCAAUGUGGCGCAGUACCUUAAACAGCUACGAAGUAAUUCAUGGUCCGAUUCCCUGGACUGUGUGGACAGCAAACAUGUUAAUAGUGAGUUGUAUGCAUGUUCCCUAAUACGUCGAUCUCGCAUACCACUAUUUGAUCAAUUCAAGAAGUUAUAUGCUGAAAUAUUAUAUGGUUGGCGAUUGUUAACAAUUCGAUCGUUGAUUUUAAAACACACCGCCUUUAGCAAAAUUCCACCACAAGGUGUUGAAUUUGUCACAGAAUGUCCAGGCUGUAAUAAAACAAAACGUACUUCUGCUUGCGGUCCUUGCCAGCGACCAGUUCUCUUUUGUGCCUUAUGUUGUAUACCGGUAAAAGGAGCAGCAAAUGCCUGCUUAGCGUGUGGACAUGGUGGUCACUCGAUGCAUAUGAUGCAAUGGUUCGAGAAACAUAAUGUAUGUGCUUCUGGAUGCGGUUGCCAUUGUUUGGAGCAGACAGCUCUAAUGCUGGAAUAUAUUAAAUAGUUAAAUACCAUAAGUAUAAACAAAAUAAAUAGUUAUAAAGUUUGUUCUUUUUUGUUUCAUUUUAA